GAAGAGUUGGGUGGGAUCUGGAGUUUGUGUGUGGGUGUGGGGGGUGUCCACCACUUUCUGAAGAGUAUAAAACUACAGCACUUUCCCCACAGCAGUACAUCUAUACAUCGAAUCACAAGAGAUUCUUCAUCUAUCUGCAGCACUUGAAGAAGAGCCAUCAUGGUCCGUGUGACUGAGAUGUCAUUGCUUUUCGUUCUCUUCAUGGCUUCAUCAGCUUCUGAGGUUACAGAGGUUGAUUUCAGUGCUGUCAUAGAAGAGACUACACAGCUUGAUCUCAUUACUUUCGUAAAAGAACAAACAGAUACGAAAGUGACUGCUGCACAGCCAUGUCUGCCCGCAUGUCCGUUUGGCUGGGUGAAGUUUGAUGGACGCUGCUUCAACUACUUUUCUCAAGCUGUGGACUGGGCCACUGCUGAGGGUCUUUGUCUGAAUGAAGGUGCUAACCUGGUCUCAAUACACAAUAGAAAUGACCAUCAACUGGUGAAGGCUCUCAUCCGUGCUCACGACCCCAGUGAGAAUCCCACAUGGCUCGGCCUCAGCAACUGUCAGAAGAGGGAUAGCUGGUUCUGGUCUGAUGGGACCAAAUAUGACUACAGCAAGUGGAAUAAAAAUGAACCCAAUCAUUCGAAUAACGAGUGCUGUGUGCACGUGAACUGGGGUGAUCAGAAGGAAUGGAAUGAUAUUCCAUGUAAUCAAGCGUAUCCCUUUGUGUGCGUCAAGAGGCCGGCGUGAAACUCUGAAUGCCAAGUAAAAUAUUGGUAAAAUGUCGCACUGUUAGUAAAGAAAGAACAGAUCAGACAUUGGACGCAGAUCUGCAGAGAUACAUCACAGAUACUAUCCAAAAUAAAGUGUUUUAAAUAAAAACA